UUCACUGCACACAUCCGUCCUUUACAAUCCCCAUCAGAUCUCUUCUACACAUAAUCCUGUUUUGAGCUUUUGUAUGAGUUUGUGCUAACGGCAGCUAGUUCACGAUUAUUGCUACAACCUCGAGACAAGUCGAGACAAGACCAGUCUCAGGACUCACCAUAAUCAAUGAGCGUACAGCGCAAUGUCAGAGCGCUCUGGGCAAACGGCAAAGGGGAAGGAUGGCAAAACCAAGUAUGCGUCUCUCAACCUGUUUGAUACAUACAAAGGAAAGAGCCUUGAAGCACAGAAGCCUGUUGUUGCCCCUCGUCAUGGCUUGCAAUCUCUUGGUAAAGUUGCCUCUGCACGGCGCAUGCCCCCCCCAGCCAACUUGCCUAGUUUGAAGGCAGAGAACAAAGGCAACGAUCCCAACGUCUCGCUUAUUCCCAAAGACGGCACAGGAUGGGCAAGCAAGCAGGAACCAGCAGACCCAAAGAGUACCGAUGUAUUGUCAGAAGUGCAGCCGGAGUCGCAGCAGCCUGUGGCCUCACAGACGUCUGCACCGACCAUGCCGAGAACACCCCCAGCUCAAGAGGUCCCGAUUCCUCUAGCCGUAGGGCCAAAGUCCUGGGCUCAGGCAAGUGUUACACAUGGAGUACAAGAAGAUGGUGGAAAGGGAUCAAACCAACCGUCGCCAUUCUCUCGCGAGGAAUUUCCCACCCUGCAGGCGGCUGGAGACCAGGACAAAGCUGGCAAAGAACAGGCCACUGCAGAUCAGUGGUAUGGGCCCGGACCAAGCCUCCGCCCCCAGAACGUAACAAGUUGGCGGGAUGGUGGGGGCCGGGCAUUGGCACCCACCCUGGCUGGGGAGGGAGUUGCAGAGGGCAGUGCUGGGGGAACCAUGGUGAUGGAGGGUGCUGCUGGGGCCCUUUCCAUCCUUCACCAAAAUGUGUCCUCCCAUGGGCCGCCUAGAGCCUCCCCAACCAAUAACCCCACACUUCCUCUCCCCCAGCCACCUAUUGGCCCGCAGUUCCAGGCUUACAGAGGGAUCAUGCCUUCCUUCAUGUAUCCAGCAUAUCUGCCCUUCCCACCCCCAUAUGGUCCACAGGGACCUUACAGGUAUCCAGCCCCAAAUGAGGCCCAGAGGUUUUCUCGUUCACAGGGUGGAGUAGGACCGGAUGGGCGGCCUCCUGGAGGCCCCCGGGGUGAGGUGGUAAAACGCCCCUCCAUCCUCAAACAGGAUGACCUGAAGGAGCUGGAUGAGCUGGACCAUGAUGGAGAUGAGGGCUGGGCUGGGGCACAGGAGGAAAUUGACUACUCUGCCAAGUUGAAGUUCAGUGAUGAUGAAGGAGAGGAUGACAGGGAAGAGGAAAGGACUGAAAACAAAAAUGGACCCCAGGAGCAACAGAGAUCCCAUGAACCUGUUUCUUGGUCCCGAGCAUCUGACAGUGGAGGGAAUUCACGGUGCACCCCUCCUUGCAGUUCUGACGAUGGCUCUGCACCCCCCUCCAGCAAGCCAGGCUGGGCCGAGGAGGGAGGAAGUAGCUGGGGCAGUCAGACAAACACAGGAUCUUAUCAGGACCAGCUUUCGAACCAGUCGGCAAUCUCAGGCCCCAACCUGGCCCCUCUGAAGCUACCCAGCGGUGCCCAAGCACAGCAGCAGGCAGGGUCAGUGCCAGGUGGGCAGACCCCUCCUCCUCCUGGCGCCUUGCAACCCCAGCAAGAGGACGAGGACGAGACAUGGCGACAACGAAGAAAGCAAUCAUCUUCAGAGAUCUCCGCUGCGGUAGAGCGUGCCCGCCGUCGGCGUGAAGAAGAGGAACGGAGGAUGCAGGAGGAACGCCGUGCUGCCUGCGCAGAGAAGCUGAAGAGACUUGAUGAAAAACAGCAGCAGCAACAGAUCAUUAAUCCCAGCUCUCCCAGUGAUGCUCCUGCCAGCAGCCCAAGUCCCUCCUUGUCUGCGCCAUCCUCGUCUCCUAAUGUCAGUCUGCCAUCAUCACCCUGCAUGGACCCAGAAGAACCCCCUCUGUCAUCUGCUCAGACAAGCAGUGCAACAUUGGUGCUGAACGUAAAUAAUAGACAGAGGGCUGGCAGCAACAGCAGUCAUGACUCCAACACUGAAUCUCAGCAGAUUCUGCAGCCUCAAGUCACCCAGCAUCAGCAAUCCCUGGAUGUUCCAGUGCCUGGAGAUGGCAAGGAUGAACCUGUAGUAGGUGGGUCACACAUUCGUAGCACUAGAGGUGGAGAUGAUCCUGUGAAGGUCGAGAAUGUUGGUGGAACAGGACGGCAGGGAAGUGGUCCUCCCGGACAGGGCUUUUCCAAGUAUCAGAAAUCACUUCCUCCUCGUUUUCAGAGGCAACAACAGGAGCAACUUAUCAAACAGCAGCAGCAGUGGCAACAGCAACAUAACCAGAUUGCACAAAAUCAGCUCCAGUCCCAUUCUCCGAAUCUGCAGGGGCCCUCUCCGGGCACCACACCACAGUCUGGGCCCAAACAGCCAACCCUUUACCCCCCUGGUUCAAUGGGACGUCCUCCACCUCUUCCCAUGAACUUUGAUCCCCGCUGGAUGAUGAUGUCCUAUAUUGACCCUCGCAUAAUGCAGGGACGUCCCAUGGACUACUACCCUCCCAGCAUGCAUCCUUCAGGGAUAAUGAGUCGAGAGCGUUCUGAUUCAGGUGGCUCUGGGUCAGAUCCCUUUGAUAGGCAGCAGCAUGGUGGACCCCCUCACCCCCAUCGUGGCACACCCCCCAUGGAUCCUAAGCUGGCUUGGGGGCCAGGGGGUACUGAGGAUCGGGGACUGAGCUCCCCCCUACGGCAGAAAGCUGUAGAGGAAGAGGAUGGCAAAGGUCAAAGAAGUGACACUCCUCCAGUGCGUAUGCGAGAGGGAGGCACAGCUCCUAUUCAGCCCCCAAGUAUGUCUUCCAGCUGUCCAUCUGGCUCAUCCAACCAAACCCCGCCACCUUUAGCAAUUCAAGUUGGGGGCCAGGGUACCGGCCAUCAUGGCCACCAUCAGCCUUUUAUGGGCGGGCGAGGAGGUUACUGUAACUACCAUGACAAUGGAUCCAGGAUGGGCUCCCACCUGCAGCAAAGGGCUAGCAGUGGAGGGACACUUCAUGGAUUUAGCCAUCAGGAGGGGGGUCAACAGAGCCAAAUCUGGGGGACUUCUCAACCCCAUUAUGAUCGUAAUGGCCGUUCUGAUCACUCUGCCUUGGAGAACAACUCGUAUAUCCAACACCAUGCUCCACCCCCUCAUUUCUCCCUUCAUCCUCACAAGCAGGAGAAUGGUAGGGAGCGAGAAAAAGGAGGGGAGCCAAAAAAGAUUGGCCCUUCACCUCCACUCCAUCAGCCGUCCGUCUCCUCCUGCUCAUCAUCAUCAUCUUCCUCAGCCAGGGAAGAUGGCAGUGGGAAGCAGUCCCUACAUAAUCAAGUCCCACCCCAGCAUGAGCACCACACUGGAUCCACUCAUGUUCCAGGAAGGAAGCCGGAUAAAAUGGGAUAUACACACAAUCAGCCCCCACAGCAUUCUUUGCAGCAACACCACCCUAAAGCCAACUCUCGCAGCCGGGAACACAAAACUGAGACACAGUGGGGCCCAAGGCCUGGUAGCAGUAGCGGAAGUGUUGGGUCAUCCCAUAACAGAAAGGUAGGCUCUGGAAUGAGUGGAAAUACUGGAGGGGAAGAAUCCAUAAAUCAGGUAGCUGAGAACAAGUCCUCUGCCCAAUCAGCAGAUGGUGUCAUAGUCAAGCGGGCAGGUCCUAUUAAGAGACCAAUUUUAAAAGAGAUUGAAGGAGAAAAGACCACUGGAGGCUCUGGGAAAGUCAAAGAACAAGAUACUACUCGGACAACCACCAAACAAGAAUCAGCCUCUGGGGCUCAAAUGUCCUCCACACCCAGUGGGACAGAUGAUGCAGCCUUGUCAAAUAAACCCAGAACAGGUGGAAAGGAGCGAGGUAACACUGGAGGUACAGGUAAAGGAUCCAAAAAUGGAGACAACGCCAUACAAAGUUCUGGGUAUUCUGCUCCUCAAUCCAGAAGGGAAAGUGAGCGUUCUUCUGAAAGAGGGAGCGCAACUUACCAUGGAUCCUCAUACAGAGGUGGGCGAUCAAGCCGUGGCAGAGGAGAGUUCUAUGGUCGAGGCAGAGGAUACAGGGGCACUUACACGGGCAGUGCCGGUAUUAGCAGUCGUGGGAAAGCAGGUGGCAGAAGCAGUGGGGCCUACAGGCCAGCUGCCAACAGUGGCUACCACCAUGGACCUUGUAAUCAAGAAUACAAGCGGGAGGCAUCAUCUGGCAAUAGUAGGCAUGGACAUGGAGGCCCUCAGUCAAAUCCGGGACGUGCUAGGAACCGCAGCGAGACCCGAAGUGAAGGCUCUGAGUAUGAAGAGGUGCCUAAGAGGAGGAGGCAGCGGGGAUCUGAGACAGGCAGUGAGAGUGCUGGUAGUGAUCUUGCUCACUCUGACAAAGAGGACCGCAAACCUAACAUCAAGACAGGCACUGGAGGAGAGAACCCAUCAACAGGCCAUUCAUCCUCUUUAGCUCCAACCAGAAACUCUCAGACGAGAGUAUUCACACCAAGGGGAGUGCCAUCAAGAUGUGGUAGAGGUGGAGGAGGUCUUCAUAGAAGUGGAGGCAAUGCUGGAGUCUCUGGCGGACACAGAUCUGGACCUGGCCCUCCUUCCCAUGGCUGGUCUACAAAAUCAGCAACUGUGAGAAAGCAACAUGCAUCCUCCCUACCAUCUCCUCCCAAAGACUGUGGUCGUGGAGCUAAUAGCGAAAAGAAGAUUGGUGACCAGAAUCGGUCUCAGAUUCAAAGUACAAAUUCCUCAGCACCUAAUCCCCCUGUGCCUACUGUCCAACAGGGGUCCACUGAGAAUGGAAGUGUUGGGGCUCAACUGUCCUCUAGUAAUGUUCCAUCAAUUUCCACUGGCUCUACUACACAGACACUUCCUCUGUCUGCUUCAGAUGGACAAAGUUUUCCUCCUAGAGGAUUUGAGCACCCCCCUCGUCGUAGGCGCCAUGGACGAUCUCAGCAUCAACAUGACAAGCCUCCCAGAUUCCGCAGGCUGAAGCAAGAGCGAGAGAAUGCAGCUCGUAUUAAUGGAAGCAGUGAAAUUAUUGUAGGUGUAGCUGGACAACAGCAGAGGCCUGCUUCUCCGUUGCAGAAUUCCCAGCAAGAAACUAAUAGCACUCCCAAAGCAUCUGUCGCAAAUGCAAACCAUAAUAUCUCCGCAACUUCUAAUAAUCAUAAUAAUAGCAGCCACCAUGGGGUUGGAAGCCAAAAUUUCAAUAGUCACCACAACCAUCAUUACCAGGGCCUCUCCCAGUCGCACCCUCAGCGCCAUCAUAACCAUAACCCAGCAGGGGGUGCCAAAUCUCCUGACGUCUCUAACCAGAACUCUGACCAGGCCAAUGAGGAAUGGGAAACAGCUUCCGAAAGCAGUGAUUUCACUGAGUUUCGCGAAAGAGAAGGUGGAGGAGGUGGUAAAUCCUAUUCCUCCCAUCACCAUCAUUCAACAGGAAGAGGUAGUGGAGGUGGAGAGAGAGAGAUGACCGCUAAAGAAUUGGCCACCAGCAAGAGAAGCUUCUCCAGUCAGCGCCCUGGAAUGGAGAGGCAGAAUAGAAGGGUGAAUGCCUGUGGUGGUGGUGGUGGAGGAAGAGGCCACAGGGGUCCACAGGGGCCCAGUGGUGGUGGGCCUGUAGGUGGUGCUGGCAAUGGUGGGCCCAAUCGUGGUGAGAGACGUGGCAACUGGCCCUCCCCUAAGAACAGGAAGUGAUUUUUCUUUUUUAAAUUUGGAAAUAUUUCAAAUGCAUCCCUCUUUCAUUGGCCACUUAUUUCUGUCAGUCCUCUUCCCCUCUUAACAUGUUAACACUUUAUUGUAAAAGAUUAGUUAACAAGACAUGUACACACUCAUUCUAGCUCCCUUGGAUUAUUGCUUUUUUUGUCCUUAUGUUGGAAAUUCACACUCUGUGCCCUUUCACUCUCCCAUAAAUCCCAAGUUCUAUGAUGAGAUUUGACAUACUCAAAGAUAAAGUAUCUUUUGAGACUGAAAAUAGUCAACCAAAAGACACUCAUUUAUUAAUGGAUUUACAAGCACAAUAUGACAUCAACCUGAUUAAGAUGUGCUUAGUUUGUGUAUGCUAGGCAUGUUACAUGUAUUUGUAGAACUGUGGCUUGAAGCAUAUAUCGAAGGCCAGGGUUGAUUAUAUGUACAUGUGUAUUCACAUUGCAUAAUUUGGAUUGUGUAUUCACUGUGUUCUCCUUCAGGUUGGCUCUUGGAAGUUCCUCUUUUAAUGAGAACAAAUGUAUCAUAGAUUUGUUUUUCCCUCUUGUGUUUUGAAUUCUUCCCCUUAUCUUAAUUUUUCAUUUCAACCUCACCCCUCUUUUAAAGGUGAGGGUAUAUUUUUUUUUUUCUGCAAAGCAGGUCAUUAAAAUUAAUUUUUAACUAAAACCCCCUUUUUUGAUUUUGAGCUCAUCUUUUACUGCAGUGCUUGCCAACCCAGUACAAUACUACUGCUCACAUUUUACUUUCAUGUCCACUGGUUCAGACCUACAUGGUGUCACCCCCGGUUUUGAAAUCAGGUCUUCACUGCUCAUUGCUUUGGGUUUACAAAUAGUUUCAUUAGCUAUUCAUUAGUUUCUGCCUCCGCAUGGAAUUGUAGUUUAAUAGAGUACAUUUAUACAUGUUUAUAUAAUUAAAUGAAGUGAUCUUAAGGUCCUUUAAAGUUCCCAUUCAUUAAUCACUUCAUUUUAAGACUUUGCUGUUUGACUCUUGGCCUUUAGUGUAUGAUCAUCAUUAAAUUAGAAUUUCUUUUUUUAUACAUCUGUUACAGAUUCUUUCUGUCUUGCAUUUAUUGAGCCAGUAAACUCCUGUAGGAUGAAGAUUGUUCAGUGUUUUUUUUUUUUUUCCCCUCCAUAUGACUAGCUGUAUAUUGGGCAUCUUUUUGACUAGGUGUCAUACUGCAGUUCCAGGUUAUUUAACAUGGAAUGCAAGUAUUGUGCUUUUGUUAUAUUCACUUAACAGUUCUAGGACGUGUAGAGAACCGCUCUUUGACCACCCUCUGCUUUGUAAAUUACCUUUAUUUUAAAAAAGAAAGUUUGACAAGCUCCUCUUCCAGUCUGUAUUUCCAAAGUCCCCCAAAACAUUUCUCUGAACUAUGGGCAAUUGCUCGCAUCUUUGGACUGAGCUUCAAUUUAUCUUCUCAGUGAGAUAUGUCUAUGCCAAGGAGUCUGUGGCCCUUUUUGAGUAGUGUUACAAAACAAGACAUUGAUUCUGUGUGCAAUAUGCCUGAGGUCAAACAAAACUUGCCCAUCAACUAUGGACAUCUGCUAAUGCUUGUGAACGGAGUCUGAGCCCAGGUUAACAAGAAACAACAAAUGCUUGAUGUCUAAAUUGAAACUGAUGAAAGCAUUUUUGUACUCAUUUUGACCAGCAUCUGAAUUCUACUGGUGUAAGUUGGGGUUUGUUUGUUUUCUGGGAAUGCCUUGAUCAGCUUUGGAAUAAUAUGUAGGGCUUUUGAAUGAAAUGUAUGUGUGAGUAAGGCAUUGAAAAAGUAUGUGUGAAUUUAUCUGAUCUUUACAUGUAAUGUGCUCUCUUGGAUAGAACGCUUUGUGAAAGGGGAAUAUGAGUCCCAAUUGCCCACUUUUUCGACACUAUUAGGAUGUUUAUUUUAUAUAGGAUAUUUUCAUUAUAUACAUUAAAGUGUAUACAUUUAAUCCAAAUGAAGUGUAGUGGGGAAAAAGUUAAAUCGAUAUUUUUUUUCCUAUCUUCUAAGAAAAAUAAAAUGGGUUUAUUUAACUUUUCUCAGACAUUUUAUGAAGCAUGGUUUCAUCCUCCGAUACAGCUUGGUGGGUAAAUUUAUUGGAGGCCAUUCACAUCGGCUUCCAAUGCCGUUAAUCAUCUCUCUUUAACUCUUAAUCUGUUGACGUGGUCACAUUAUAUGUACCAAUAUUUGAAUAGAAAUGUGUAUUCCUUGAAAUACUCGAGAUUGUAUUAUACUUCUAACUAUACCAACGUACCUGAAGUUGUCACUGCUGUCCUAGCAUUUAUGGCUUAUUAUUGGUACCUUGAUAUACACACAUGUACGUAUAUUAGUAUGCAUCUGAAUUUGUCUGCCCCAACUUACAUUCCCACUCACAAUCGUUGCCAUUUUAAGUUCAAGGGAGCAAUGUACAAGCAGAGAAGUGUCUUAUAAUAAAAAGUAUAC